UAAACCUACAAGCGUUCUCAUGGAUGCAUUCCAAGAUAUGACGGACAUGAAAGAUGAAUAUUUAGACAAAUUUUUCAGUCGUAUUGCACCAUAUUUUCACGAAGAAGAUGUCCCUGCUGGGGCGACACUUUGGUCUCAAGGAGAUAAACCGGAUUGUCUUUACCUUGUUGAAAGUGGUUUACUUCGUGCUACGUGGCGUGCAACAGAAGGUGAUCCCUCUCGACCUGUUGAAACCAUCCUACCAGGUACUAUGGCCGGCGAAAUAGGUUUCUUUACAGAAAGGAAAAGAGAUGCUACUUUGGUUGCGGAAAGUCAUUGUAUCUUAUGGAAGAUGAAAAAAUCAGACUUUGAUGAGUUACUUGAAAAAGAUCCGGACGCUGCAAGUCAUUUUAUGCGAUUGACCCUAAACUUCCCCGCCGAAAGAUUAAUUGCAAUGACUUAUUAUGCUUUUCAUCUAUCACAGUAA